AUGGUUGGACCUUCGGCUGCUCAUAUAUUCCAUAUUUAUUCAGCUUCUUCUGGUGCAUUUUUGAUUAAGUCCGAUAUCCUUUUGUCAUUUUGCCUGUCACCUGCCAAGAUUGAUGCUUACCGCAAGACUGGUGUUGCUCCUCUCCCUGCAAAACCCAAUGCGACAUCAACAGAAACUCCCACUGCUGCUGACUCUCUAGUUGCGGCAAACCCUAUUGUAAAUGGCAUCAUUAAACGCAGCUCCGCCCGCCACAUUCUACACACCAACGAUGUUUCAGAUGGGGCUCGCGAUAGGCCGCCGGUUUCAGAUCUCAUUGGCGCGGACCUCAGGCCUUCACGCCAUGUUGUUUGUGACUCAUUACAAUCGGAAUCCAGUCUUUGGCUGGACGAUUUGACGGGAAUUCAAAGUGAUUUUCAAUGUCGAUCAUCGGACGACGCUACGCCUACUACACAGCCUCACCAAGCACUUCGGCACACCUAUAUCCCUCCGCAUCUGAAUCCACCGGACCAUCUCUUCGCUCAGGUCUCACCCGCUUGUCAAUGCUGCCACGCUGCCCUUGGGGCAAGGCCUCCUUAA